AUCUGCGACCACGAAGCUGCGUAUUGAGACUUUUGAUUUGAGAGAGAGAGAAGAGAAAUCGAAGCAAAGAAUUUGAAGGAAAGAUGAGGAAAUUUGAUCCAUGGCCCAUCUUCUUCCGCCGAGAAUGGAGCCGCAACUGGCCGUUCCUUGUCGGUUUCGCCGUCACCGGCUCCAUCAUCACCAAGUUAUCUCUCAAUCUCACCGAGGAGGACGCGAAGAACUCUCCAUUCGUGCAGAGGCACAAAAGGUGAAUCUUGUGAUUUUCUGAAGGGUUCAAAGAUGAGGUCCAUAUUUGUGUUUCGUCGAUUGGGGUUGGUUCAUUUAUCGAAUAAUUACCCAAAUGUUUCAUAAGCUUUUUAGUAUUCUGUUUGAAUUAUGUUACCAAUGACCCACUUAAGUGAGGCCUAAACAUGCAAUAUUUUGAUCAAAUACUUUCAUUGACUUUGGCUUUUAGCUUAA